AUGCUCAUGGCCCAGAAUCGAGCCUUGCAAGCAAUGGCCGCCAGGCAACAAGCGCUCGCAGACCCAGCCAGCACUCCUCAACAAGCCAGAGAAAACAUCAAUAAUGACCAAGAGAUGCACAACAACAACACUUCCAGAUCAAUAGAAUUCCACGGCGAACAUGCGACACUCACACCAGGGCCAAAACCAAACGGCCUAAUGACCUUUCAUGCAAUCUGCCAAACCAGAUCGCCCCAAGAAGUCGAGCGCAUCCUCUCAACAACCCAACCAACUCCCCAAAUCCUAAAUUUCGGCCUAGAAGCCGCUCUAACAGGCUCUAACAUCGCCGUCGCCCAAUAUCUUCUCUCCAACCACGCCCCCAUCACUCCAUCAACGGCGGAAAAAAUCCUCCAAACCACCAACCCAAAUCCCACGCUAACAGACCGCCAAAUCGCCCUCUUCGAACUCCUAACCCAACACGGCUGGACCCCAAAUUCCCCAGGAAGUACCGGCGCUCCACUAUUACCACAGGUAGCAGCGACCAACAACACGGCGCUACUACGCUGGUUUCUAACGCACGGGGCAAACCCGAAUUUCGGCAUUCGGCGACUCGGCACGAGUAACGGGGCAACAGAUCAAUUAAGCUACGAGUCCUGCGCGGCUCUAGAAUCCGCCUCUGCAAAAGGCGAUAUUGAAGCUGUGCAAAUGCUAUUUGACGCUGGUGCUGAGAUUCGCUACGGUUACCCUCUUCACUACGCUGCUGGUGCCCUUCCUGUUCCUGUUCCUGCUGGUGGGGGAUCGGGAUCGGAACUAUUUGACCCAGAUCGAAGAAUUCCUAUCAUGCAGCUCCUGCUUGAGCGUGGUGCGGACGUUAAUCAGAAAGGGGAGACGGAGCUCGUGGCGCAUCAUCCUAUUAUGUAUGCUGUUAUGGCUGGUGCUGUGCAGAGGGUUCGGUGGUUGCUUGAGCGUGGGGCGGAUCCGGAGGCGAGGGGGUCUUGGGGGAGCGCGGUUGAGACUGCUUUUGUUAUGGGGAGUGAGGAGAUGAAGGCUGUUAUGGAGGUGGGGAUUCGGGCGAGGAGGUUUGGUGGCGAGGCUAGUUUUGCGGGGGAGGUUCUUGCCAUUCGGCCUAAGCCGAGUGGGUAG